AUGCUAGCACCUGUCCGCGUGUACUGGGAAACGUUCAAGUUCCUGCUCUCUGUGAAGCAGCGCUGUCGCAACGUCAAGGCUAUUUACUUUAUCUGGAGUGGACAGAACACCUUGAGCGACUUUCUGAUUUUCCUUUGGCCGGUGAAGGACAUCGCAGCGGUCCGGAUAUCGCGUCGUCAGCGUAUCACACUCGCAUCCAUGUUCUCAUGCGGACUUGUUGUAUGCGUUGCGGGUAGCGCCCGGAUCUACUAUACCCGCCUUUACCUAUACUCGUACGAUGUUCUCUGGUGGGGUGCCACCGUCUUCGCCGUUAUGUCUGUCGAGACCUGCAUUGGAAUAGUAUGCGGAUGUCUCCCUGGAUGCAAGCCGCUUAUGUCGCGUCUACUUCCACAAGUUUUUGGCAUAUCAUCGAAUCGAGACAACAAUCGGCCUCGAGAUCAAGGCAGGGUCAAGGAGAUUACAGCCUCCGAAGGUAGCCGUACGGUGGACAGCACGAAGGCCUCGUUUCAGCUACAGAGUCUGAACUCAGGUGGCAGAGGUCUAGUGAUCCUACCUAAUCAGAGUGGAUAUGCCAUGAAUAGCCAAGAGAAACGCGAUAUGGGAGUCGUGAAUCCAAAACGACCGGCGCCAGCGAUGUUCAAAGCAGACAAGAGCAUCGCUUGGAGAAAUUCGCGUGAUAAUAACUUUGGCGGAGAAGACGAAGACUUCAACGAAAGCCAGGAGUUCAUCGUUCUGCAGCGACAGUCAACAAUUUCGAUACGAAGUAUGUAG